GAAUUUCCUUGACCAAUCACAGCGCAGAGAUCGCGCUGGACGUCUACCAUCUUUGUGAAAUUUUCAUUUAUUUGACAGAUACCAUACAUAACCUCAAUUAUCGAGUUUACUUUGUAUGCGAUAGAGGAAAACAAAAUGAACUGCCCUGGCCAAUAUUGCGGCCGGGAACUGUUGCCCAAUGGAAAUCUGUCCGAUUGCGGUUCAUGUCCACGUGGAUUUAGGCGAAAUGCCUCGACAUACAUUUGCGAACCCUGUACUGACAAUCCGUUGCUAUACGAUUGGCUUUAUUUGGGUUUCGUGGUUCUCCUCGAACUCGUAUUGCAUUGGUUUUUUAUUGACAAAGUUAUUAUGAUUAGGAGUUUCUGUAAAAGAGUGAUACUCCUCCAAUUGACUGCCCUGUUUGAAGUGGCUGCCUCAGCUACAUUAGCCAUACUUUUGUCCCACCCAAUGGGGUCCUUCACCAUAACCAGCUGCAGAGUGACGAGCCUGGCAGAUUGGUAUACCUUGCUUCACAACCCACGACCAAAUUUCGAAAACAAAAUUUAUUGCACCCAAGAGGCCGUUUAUCCAUUGUACACUAUAGUAUUUCUAUUUUAUGGCCUCUCUUUACUACUUAUGCUGUUGAUUAGACCUUGGAUUUGCCGGAGGGUGUUUCCAAGACAAAGCAAAAUGUCCAUUUAUGCUGCGAUGUACUUUAUUCCUAUACUUGUUUUAAUACAUGCUUUAAUAGGAGGACUACUGUAUUAUGCAUUUCCAUACCUAGUGGUGAUAAUGUCAGUGAUAUCUUGUGCAGCCCACUUCUCCAUUAAGAUGAGACAAGACAUAUCUUAUUUAAUUAAAACUACACUCACGAAACCUAGGAACAUAAUGAUUCUCCUGGGUCACUGGUGCCUUCAUGCGUAUGGUAUAAUAUCUAUAACUUUAUUAACUGAACCCUUGUUUCACUCAUUACUACUGUUAUUGGUGCCUCUUCCUGCAUUGUUCUACAUUUUGACCGCCAAAUUCACGGAUCCAAAUCAUUCUCGUUUCUAGUAUUAGCAGAUGGUGUAGAUAGUAAGUGUUUUUUAUCAAAAUAUUUAUUGACUGAUUUCAAAUAUGUAUACAUACAUAUAAAUGUUUGUACAUAAGGACUGAUAGCAAAAUAUGCAAAUUUGUGAUAUUACAUAGGAAUAUUUUUUUAUUUACUUAUAAGUUAAUUUUACUGUAAUUAAAUGUAUAAAAUCAAGCUAAUUACAAAAAUAUUUGUAAAAAACUUGUUCUUAUAAAAAUUAUAUCUAAUACUAAUAUUGUAUCCAGUGGCUUCUUAUAUUUAUAUAUGUAUUCCUAUUUAACUUUUUCAAAACAUUAAUUUGAAAAUGCGUUAUUUAUAUCGUGGUACCUAGGGAAAAUAGGUAGAAAUUAUAUUUUUGACCAAAUAUAUAUAAAUUUGUUUCCAUGAGAAAAUCAAAUAUAUGGAAGGUGGAAAAUCCAUAUUCUGGUUUUCAGCAUUUGAUCAAAAUUAAUUAGUAUACAUUAUUAUUUCCCCACUUAAUUAUUUGUUUCCACCAAACUAUCAACAAAAUUUCUUCCAAGAGGAGAGAAAAAUAGUCACUUAACAUCUAAUAUUUUUAUAAAAAUGUCUGUUAUUUAUGAAUGUAUAUUUUUUGUAUUUAAUCUAAUAAUAAUUUUAAUAGAUUAAGGAUGGUAUAUUUAUAUUUAUAUCCAAUAGAUAUUCACUGUAUAGUACAUGUGUAAAGUUUGUUAUUCAAAAUAACACUAAUUUUAAUAUUGUAAAUACAUAUAUUGUAUCUAAUUCGUUAAUAUAUUUAUAUUAAUAUAUAAUAGGAGUGGUAAAAACGUUAUGAGUAGAAAUUUUAGGUUUCAUACAAAUAAUUGUU